CGCCCCGGGACGGGCAGAAGGCGGAGGCCGCAGGCGGGAACGGAGAUAGCAGCAGCUCUGGCGAGAACUGACAUUGGAAGUAGUGAGUGUCUUGAUCCAAGURGUGUCCCCUAGGUCUGCCUGGGCAGUCUUUUGCUCAUCAGCUUCACCGUCCCGCUGAGGGGCAGAGGAGGACACACCAGGCCACUCUGCUGAGCCACUCYGGAUAAACUUUUGUGACCUGUGUAUUACUUUACCAGUUGUUCUUCUGCUUCUGUGCAUCUGCUUUUGCAAGUACGAUGGCCCGUGUCUUCGUCUACGGCACACUCAAGAAGGGCCAGCCCAACUACAAGCACAUGAUCAACACGGCCAAAGGGCUGGCRAAAUUCCAAGGAAGAGGCCGCACGGUGGAGAAGUACCCGCUGGUGAUUGCAGGGAAAUACAACAUUCCUUACAUGCUGAACAUCCCGGGGACGGGCCACCACGUCGCUGGGGAGAUCUACUCCGUCGACGAGCAGAUGCUGCAAUUCCUGGAUGAGUUCGAAGGCUGCCCAGACAUGUACCAGCGCACCCUGAUGAGAAUCCAAGUGGUGGAGUGGGAAGGGAAGGGCAGCGCGGAGGAGGCGCGGGCAGCGGCCGACGGCGUCCUGGAGUGCUUCGUGUACAGCACGGCCACGUACCCGCCCGAGUGGGUCGGGCUCCCCUACUAUGACAGUUACGACUCCUCGGGGAAGCACGGCCUCGCCUACGUCCUACGGGAAAGCCGGGAAUAGAGACGGGAGGUAAUGGGCCUGGUCAAACACAUAGUGCUAAGCAGGUGUUGCUCGGUAACCUUUCCAGGAAAGCUGUAAUACCUUUUUAUUAAAAUGCAGGAUCCYUUGUAACCUUCCCAACCCAGGAGCCUUGGCACUAAUGUUGAAGUUCUGUAGGCUCAGAGCUGGAGACUCCUCCCCAGGCAGUCAGUGUCCUCCUGGCCCCCCAACCUGCUGCAAGUAACUGGUUUGCACCAGGUGUGAAAUAACUGGGUGUGCACAGCGGCUCUGGGGUCUAAUUAUUCCCUCAAUUUCACCCUUUGCCUUAGCACAUAAUGGAGUGCAGAGGAGCCGAUUAAUUUUUCCCUUUUUUUUGCCUGAAUUGAUAAAUUUUCUUGUGUAGUUUUCCAAGGUGGGUGGAGUAAUGAUACUAUUGCACUGAUAUCUGAAACUGAUUUAAAAAAUAUCUUCUGCAAAGUAAAGCACAACUCAUGUUGAAUAUUGACUUGUAAUGAUGUUUAGAAGGCUACUGCAUGUAAACAGGGAAAGCUGAUCUUACAGAUAACUUGGUGCUUCCAGACAAAAAGGGAAAUUGCUGGAGAAAAUGUAAAGAUCAUUCUUACUCUGCAUUGCAAUGGGCUUUUUUUCUGAACUGGAAAGGUGUAUUUUUAAACCAUGUUUAGUUUUACAAGGUACUGUCAAGAAAUAUUAAGAGAAUAUAAGAGAGUUACAUUUAAAAUGGUAUUUUUAAUUUAACAUUCUGAGCACUUUGAGUUCUACUUCAGUUCACUGAAUGACUGCAGAAUUUUUAAAUUUUUUUUUUUGGGGGGGAGGGGAG